AUGUUUAAGAAAUUAAAGGAACUUGAGAACAUUCAAUACAGUAAUAAUGGAACCCCCUCAAAACAAGACCUUCAACCAGUUCCUCCGGCCUCUUUUGUGACAGGCAAUGACAUCGAUGUAAAGCAAGCAACUGGUCAGCAUGAAUAUAAAACUCCCCUUUCCACUAUAUCGAGGAUGAAUCCCGCUCCUGGAAAUACUUUACCAUCGCAGCCAUAUCUCAGUCAGCAACCACCAAUUAAGAAGCAGCGAUUAGAGUCAUUACAUACGCGAAAUACCAGUCCUUUUUCUUUUAAUCACGGUAUUGCUAAUAAUAAUAACCUGAAUCAUCAAUUUUUAGCUGAUCAAAAUAAUAAACCACCCGAAUCUAUUGAAAUAAUCUCAUUAUCAGAUAGUGACGAUGACAAGAACCCUGGUAAUCAGAGUGAUAAUGAAGAUAUCGAAGUUCUAGAUGAGCAACAAGCGGCAAAUAUUUCUUGGAAGGAUACAUCGUUUGAUCAAUCUAACCCGAUUUCUUCGGUGAAUACAAGUCAGCAGCAACAAGUUGUUGAAAAGUUUAAGCCAGAACCAGUAUUGCCGGGAUCCUUUGUGCCGCGUGACCAAGGGAAGCAAGUACCAGGUAACGACAAGGAUGGCGAUGGUGAUGAUGACUUGGAAAUACUUAGUUCCCGAUCUUUGCAAGUCAACAAUCCAACCAAUAUUGGUUUGUAUAAUGUACCGGCUCCUGUGCCUCAAGUUGGCAGUAUGCAAGCUGAUGCAAUUUUUAAAGAAGAACUUGAGAACAGAGCAAGAUUCAGAUCAAACGAUUUAGUCAAUUUGCAAAAGCAGAAAGACGCCAUUUCCCGCGAGCUCGUAGUUUCGCAGGUCUCUAUUGAUAACUUUAAAAAAAAUAUUGCGACUUUAGGUAGAGCUUUGAGUCAAGCAGUAAGUUUAGGUAGGCAUGGAGACGUUCAAAAGUUGAGACAAGCCAUCCAGACACAAACAGAAUUAUCCAAAGCACCAAAAAUGAAACUAAAUAAAAACCAAGACAUAUUGAUGAAAAUUGAAACCAUGAUUUCACUGACAAAAAGGGAAUUAGAAGCAGUAUAUCGUCAAGUCAGAAAUAUAGGGCACCUUGCUAACUCAAGUUUUAAUCCAUAUGAGGCUCAAAUUGUUGCAGAAACACAAAGAGUAAAGGUAGAUGAAUCGGAGAUUAAGGAUUUGCUUGAUAAUAUUCGUCCCGAUGAGGAUUUAGAGGAGGGAUUGGAACCAACACCACCGGAAUUAAAGGUGAAUUUAUUGAAACACCAGCGUAUGGGAUUGACAUGGAUGAAAAGAAUGGAAGCAUCAAAAGCCAAAGGUGGUAUAUUGGCUGAUGAUAUGGGGUUGGGUAAGACUAUUCAGACGUUGGCAUUAAUGAUGGCCAGCAAGGGCAGUAAUCUUAUUGUAGCUCCUGUGUCGUUAUUACGUCAAUGGAUGGCAGAAAUUGAAUCCAAGACAAAGUCAGAUGUUUUUCUUUCGGUUGGAAUAUAUCAUGGAAAGGAUAAAAAGAAGAUGAAGGGUUUUGAGUUAAUGAAAGAGUAUGAUAUAGUUAUGGUUUCCUAUACCACACUAGUGCAAGAAUGGAAAAAGCAUUUUUCUGAGGACUUGAAAGAACAUUCUUGUGAAAGAAGUUAUUUUCCGGAUCCAUCUAGGGGUGGGAAGCUGUAUAUGUCUCCUUUCUUCUCAAGACAAUCCCAGUUUCAACGAAUAAUUUUAGACGAAGCUCAAGCAAUCAAAAACAAACAAGCAAUAGCAUCUAAGGCUGUGACGUACUUGAAGGCGAAAUAUCGGUUUUGUUUAACAGGUACGCCCAUGCAGAAUGGAAUCGAAGAAUUAUAUCCACUCUUACGGUUUUUGAAAAUACAACCAUAUUGCGCCGAAGAGAAAUUUAGAACAGAUAUAUUAACACCAAUCAAAAGCAAAACUGACCUUUACGAUGAAUAUGAUGUCAAAGAAAGUAUGAAGAAAAUCCAGGCAGUUUUGAAAUCCAUUCUUUUGCGCCGAACAAAAGAUUCCCUCAUUGAUGGUGCUCCGAUUUUGAAUUUACCAGAAAAGCAUGUCUUGUCAGACUAUGUGAGUCUUGAGAAUGAGGAAUUGGCCUAUUACCAGAGUAUUGAACUGAGAGUACAGAAAGCUGCCAAGAAGAUUUUGGGUGAGCAUACAAAAAAUGCCCCUGCUCUUACCUUGCUUUUGAGAUUAAGACAGGCUUGCUGCCAUUCGUAUCUUGUGGAGAUAGGUGAAUACAAGGCUAAAGUUAAGGAUUCUGAAGCAGACGCCUCAUUUAGUAAUUUCAAGUUGGAUUGGAGACUGAUGGUAAACAAUGCUAGAGACUUGAAGGAAUCGGCCAAACAACAAGUGCACCUGUUGAUAGACGCAUUAAAUGGCAGAGGCUUCGAUGAAAACACUCUUGCCUGUCCCGUUUGUUUUGAUAAUAUUGAUAUUGAAUCGUCUCUUUUAAUAUUUGGUGAAUGUGGUCAUGUUAUUUGUAAAGGGUGUUGCAAUACGUUUUUCGAGAAUUGCAAUGUUGGAGAAGAAGAUGACGAGCUGCCCUACAGGAUAGGUGAAUGCAAAGAUUGUCAGAAAACUGUCAAAGAGCACAAUAUAACUGAAUAUCUCAUUUUUGAUAUGCUUCAUAUCCAGAAGUUAGACAUGUCACAAGUUCACAAGUUUUGUUCUCAGCAUUACCAGCACAAGAUCAAGUCCAACCAAGCUUUGAUUAGGGAGUUUAUCAAAAGAGAUAAUGGAUUUGAACUGUCAGCAAAGAUUCAUAAAUGUGUGGAAAUGAUUUUAGAUCUUUUCUCCAAAAAUCCAGGUGAAAAGGUAAUUGUGUUUUCCCAAUUUACUUCGUUGUUUGAUUUGAUGGCUUUGGUUUUACAGAAUCAACAUAUUGAAUUUUUAAGAUACGACGGUACCAUGUCCAUGGAUGUCAAGAACAAUGUGAUUAAAGAGUUUUAUCAAAGCAAUAAGAAUGUUUUGUUGCUUUCCUUGCGUGCGGGUAAUGCUGGUUUGACAUUGACUUGUGCAAAUCACGUUAUCAUUAUGGAUCCAUUUUGGAACCCGUUUGUAGAAGAACAGGCUAUGGGUCGGGCACAUCGAAUUGGACAAACCCGUGAGGUUUUUGUGCACAGAGUCUUGAUUGCUGGCACCGUUGAGAAUCGUAUUAUGGAGUUGCAGGAACUGAAAAAGCAUUUGAUCAACAGUGCUCUUGAUGAGCAUGGCAUGAAAUCAAUUUCUCAACUAAACAGAAGAGAACUUGGGUUCUUGUUUGGCUUAAAUAGUUUAACGGGUUAG